AAGCCUCCAACACUUCCUCUGCCAUUUUGUAGCUUACAAACCGAUCAAAACAACAAAACAAGGCAGAAUUUGGUGUUCUUGGAGGCAAAUUGUUGAAGAACAAACAAGAAAUUUUGGUUUUAUUUAUGGGGGGAAGAUCAAAGUCCAUGAAAUGCUUCUCAAUUUGCAGCAUCUUUAAGAGCUGUUGCUUUUCAAAGGGUGGAAGAGAUGAAGGGUAUUGGGAUGAAAGUGGUGAGAUUAGGCGUAGGAUGUGGCCUAGUGAUGAAGAUACAAGAUGGGUGGCUGAGCCUGGGAUUGAUCGGAAAGCUUCUGCUUUUAUUGCUAGAUUCUAUGACGCUCGUGUUUCUGAUCCCGAACGACAAACGCUUGCUGUUUAGCCGCCGCCCCCGCUGCCCUCGCCGCCACGGUUGCCGCCGCUGCUGGUUCUUCUUCUUUGGCCAUUGCUCAUUGGCUUGUUCAUCAUUGAUCUUGUUGAAUAUUAUGUGUGUUCUUGGGUUGGUUUGGAAUUGGGUAUUGGCCGAGGUUUCUUUGUUUGUAAUCUUUUGUUUUUAUGAUGAAUAAAAGUUGGUGAUGUGGUUUUACCAUGUUGGAAAGUU